AUGAGAAGGCACGAAUCAACGGACACAAUAAGGCUGGCUCCUGGGUUCAAGAGGUUGACUCCUAUGAAGUCUCUAAGCAUCGCAAUCUCGACUGCAUGGAAGCCUGUCUUACCCACGCCUACUUUCGAUGCCAUUCUCACGCAAUCAAGAUUUCAGAGUAACAAGGCAAAGAUCCAAGAACUCUCGGCCAACGAAGGUCAGAAACUCCUCGCGGACCUUCGUAUGCACCGCCCUGUCUCUCCUCACCUCGGCAUCUACAAAUGGAACAUGGGCUCAAUCAUGUCGUCCAUGAUGCGCAUCACAGGCGUCGCCUACUCGAGCUCCUUCUAUCUUUUUGGCCUUGCCUACCUCGUUUCACAUUAUCUUGGCUGGGACCUGUCUUCUGCUAAUAUCGCUGCUGCUUUUGCUUCCAUGCCUAAGCCGCAAAGUCGAUUAUCAAGUUUGCUGUCGCUUGGCCUGUCAUCUUGCACUCCUUCAAUGAGGACGGGUUGGGCAGCGAUCUGUGCGACCACCUUGGGCGCGGGCUACAUGGUCUUUUUGAUGUCAUGA